UGUUGUUUAUAAUGCCUGAGCAUUUUUGGAAACCCAGAUGGGGGUAUGGGCCGCGGCACAGCGUCGUCGGGGUUCGCAGCAUUGUGACCGCGCGCCUUUAACUCGGCGUGACCUCGGCGUCCCGGGCCCCGCGCCCCCUCCCCUCCCGCGUCGCGCGCAUUGUUGUCCUUUAGCGAUUGGUUGCUGGACGCGAAGCCGCUGUGCAGAGCCGCGCUGUGUAAAGGACCUGAAUGCAGGUUAGCGGGCGGCUGGUGACUUACACGGGGGAUCCAGGGCGAGAGAGGAAGAGCCGGAGGCCACCACCACCGCGUUUCCCAGGCGGCGUGGACCAGGCGGCCCGGCGUUUGCGGCUGUCGCAGGAGCCCCCGGGGGCGCCCCCUCCUCCGGCUCUCGCCGACUUCGGGGUUGGCGCAGGUGGGCAACACGGGGCACCGCCGACCUCCCGGUUCCCACCGAGGGGGCUCUGUCUCUCCCUGCGAGGGGGAGGGAGCAUCCUAAAAAUAUGUAAAUAGCCAAGCGGCGACUUCGGGCUGGGGCUCCAGCCAAGGUCCCCGCGCCGCCGCAGGGUGUUUUGCAUGAAAAAGAGAAGCCUGUCAGGAUCCGUGCUCUAACUUAAGGCAGCGCCGCGAUUAGCAUGAGCCGGGGCGGCUGAACUGCUUCCUGCCCUCCAGUCGCCGUUCUGCGCGCUCGCGACCGAGCAGCGGUGCCACCGUGCGGGUGUGGAUCGGCCGGCACGGCCUCGUCGGCAGCCAUGGCUCCCGACGCCCCCUCGGCCAGUAAGUAGGAGCAUGCCUGUGUAGGGGGGCACAUGCGUGGCGCCGCGCGAGCGCGCGCGCGCGCACACACACACGCGCGCACACACACGCGCGCACGCACGCACACCACCCUGAGCCUGGGAAGGAGGAAGAUUGACGAGGCGCCGCAGUUGCGAGGACGACGCGGGCUCUUCCUGGAUCCCGCAGGAGCCCGCCUGCCGCAGCUGCCGUCUGCAGAGCCUGCUCGGACCCCUGUGCACACGCGCCCCCCAUUCGAGCCUCUGUAAUGAAGACUGCCUCCCGAGGACUGCAGGAGAGGCAGAGCCAGCCUGCGCCCGCCACUGCGGGCCGCGCGGCCGAAAGGCCCUGGGGGACACGACUUGGACGCUGUCAACCCCACGCCUCGCUCUGAGCCGCCGGGUGCGGAGGGUCUGCCGCCGCCCCUCCGGCUUCCCGGGCGCCCGAGCCCGGGUCAGCCCCGGAGGCCUCGGCUUCCUCAUUUGUUUGGAUCUUUUGUGCCGUGGCUCACAGUUGGCUAAGCACUCCUGCGCUGAAUCGGGCCAUUGUGUGCGCUCCCAUUGCUUUCACGCUGCAAGUCUCGGCGCCCCCACCCCGCCCGCCCCCUCCCCGCCUCCUCCUGGCCGGAGAGCCUGCUAACGUGCCUUUCCCCCCAGGAAUCUGGAAGCUAUAAGCCGGGCGGAUUGCAAAUGAAGUGUAAUGCAUUGUGGGACGUGUGUAAAAUCGGAGCCUUCACCGUGGGGGUGUGUGGGGGCGUGGGGAGGGCCGGACCCGCGGCUGGCGGUGUAGACGCCGACGAGGAGGGGCUGGGAAAAUGUGCGCAGAGUCCGCCCGGGUCGUGCCCGCCGUAGACGGAUGAAGCAGCGCGCUGCGCCCCGGCGCUGAGGCCCCCAGGAUCGGGGUGGCAGGUCGCGCUCCCCACCAUGAAGAAGACCCGGAGCACAACCUUGCGGCGAGCCUGGCCUAGCUCGGAUUUCUCGGACCGGGCCUCGGACCGCAUGAGGUCCCGGAGCGAGAAGGACUACCGCCUGCACAAGCGCUUCCCCGCGGCCUUCGCGCCCCAGGCUUCGCGGGGCUACAUGACAUCAGGUGAUGUGUCACCAAUCAGCAUGUCUCCCAUCAGUCAAUCUCAGUUUAUCCCACUUGGGGAAAUCCUUUGCUUGGCCAUCUCGGCAAUGAACUCCGCCAGAAAACCUGUCACCCAAGAGGCGCUGAUGGAGCACCUGACCACGUGCUUCCCAGGUGUUCCCACCCCAAGCCAAGAAAUCCUACGGCACACGCUGAACACGUUGGUACGGGAGCGGAAGAUCUACCCAACUCCGGAUGGCUAUUUCAUCGUGACCCCACAGACUUAUUUCAUUACUCCUUCUCUCAUAAGAACUAACAGUAAGUGGUACCAUUUGGACGAGAGGAUACCUGACAGGUCUCAGUGUACCUCUCCGCAACCCGGAACCAUAACGCCCUCUGCCUCAGGCUGCGUCAGGGAAAGAACGUUGCCCAGAAACCACUGCGACUCUUGCCACUGCUGCAGAGAAGACAUGCACAGUAUGCAUGCUUCCACUCUGCAGAGGAAACCUGCCAAGGACUGCAAAGACCCCUAUUGCCCUCCUUCACUAUGCCAGGUGCCACCCACCGAAAAGAGCAAAAGUACUGUAAACUUUUCUUAUAAGACAGAAACUCUCUCAAAACCUAAAGAUAGUGAAAAGCAGUCCAAAAAAUUUGGGCUCAAGUUAUUCCGGCUAAGUUUUAAAAAAGAUAAGACCAAACAGCUAGCCAAUUUCUCUGCCCAGUUUCCUCCUGAGGAGUGGCCCUUGCGCGAUGAAGACACACCAACUACUAUCCCUAGGGAAGUGGAAAUGGAAAUCAUUAGGCGGAUUAACCCGGACUUGACCGUGGAAAAUGUCAUGAGGCACACUGCACUAAUGAAGAAACUUGAAGAAGAAAAAGCGCAUCGGAGUAAAGCUGGGUCUUCUGCCCAUCACAGUGGAAGAAGUAAAAAGAGUAGGACUCAUCGAAAGUCCCACGGAAAAUCUCGGUCACACAGCAAGACACGAGUGUCUAAAGGAGACCCUUCGGAUGGUUCUCAUCUGGAUAUCCCAGGUGACAGAGAGUAUGACUUUUGUGAUCCUCUUACCAGGGCACCCAGGGAAGGCUGCUUCAUCAUUGAACACAAAGGAGAUAACUUCAUCAUGCAUAGCAACACGAACGUGAUUGAGUCUCAUUUCCCCAUGACACCAGAAUGGGAUGUGUCUGGGGAACUGGCCAAAAGGAGAACGGAGAUGCCUUUUCCUGAGCCUUCCAGGGGAAGCUCCCACUCAAAAGUGCACCGAAGCCACAGCCAUACCCAGGACCGAAGGUCCAGGAAUGAGAGAUCCAGCAAAGCCAAGGAGAGAUCCAGAUCGAUGGAUAAUUCGAAGGGCCCUCUGGGUGCUUCUUCUCUGGGGACACCUGAAGACCUGGCUGAAGGCUGUAGCCAAGAUGACCAAACCCCCAGCCAGUCCUACAUUGACGACAGUACUUUAAGGCCCACGCAGACAAUUGGCCAUCAAAGGGCUCAUGUUUCGUCCACAAGCUAUAAAGAGGUGUGUAUUCCGGAAAUAGUCAGUGGCAGCAAGGAGCCUUCCAGUGCGUGUAGCCUUUUAGAGCCAGGCAGACCACCUGAGAGUUUGCCAUCCUAUGGGGAGCUCAACUCCUGUCCAACAAAAACAGCUACAGAUGACUAUUUCCAGUGCAACACGUCCAGUGAGACAGUCCUCACGGCGCCAUCGCCUCUGGGAAAGAACAAAGAGGAUCAUGACACUCUGACUCUGGGGGAAGGGGUGAAAAAACUGCCGCUGUCUGAUAGGCAGGCCCCACAUUCUUCCAGAGAGCCUGUAGGGCACAAGGAGGAGUCACCAAAAGGGCCAGGCGGAGGCCCAGCCGCUUCUGGCGCAGUGGCUGAAGGGAUUGCCAAUGGACGCCUUGUCCAGCACCACAGUGCGGAGCCCAGCAGCCUGGACAAGAGGAAAGAGAUAUUCAGCAAGGACACACUGUUCAAACCUCUCCACAGCACCUUGUCUGUAAACAGCUAUCACAAAUCGAGCCUGUCCCUCCUCAAAUCUCUCCCGAAGACACCUGCCGACACACUGCCGGGCCGAUGUGAGAAACUGGAGCCGCCCCUGGGGACCUCGGUGGCACCAGCCGUGCCUGGUUCCCAGCGUCAGCAGGAGUCAGGGGGGAACCAGGAAGCCUCUUUUGACUAUUACAAUGUCUCCGAUGACGACGACUCCGAGGAAGGGGCAAACAAAAACACAGAGGAGGAAAAAAACAGAGAUGAUGUAGGCACCAUGCAGUGGCUCCUUGAGAGGGAGAAGGAGAGAGACUUGCAGAGGAAGUUCGAGAAGAACCUCACCCUCCUUGCCCCAAAGGAAACCGACAGUAGCAGCAACCAGAGAGCCACCCAUUCGGCACGCCUCGACAGCAUGGACAGCAGCAGCAUCACUGUGGACAGUGGAUUCAACUCCCCACGCACUCGGGAGAGCCUGGCUUCCAACACGUCAAGCAUUGUUGAAAGUAACCGUCGUCAGAACGCUACCUUGAGCCCGGUCCACGGUGGAGCUGGCCCGGCCUUCAACUUCCGAGCAAGUACGGACCCCGCAACCAGCGAAGCUGAGAAACUACAGAAACCUUCCAACUGCUUGCAAGCUUCUGUUACUAGCGUGUGACAGUCGUUCUGCCUCAGAUCUCCUGUCUCAUUCGAUACAGCCAAGUUUACGACACUGGGACUGAUGUUUACAUCUUGGGAAAGACAAGCAUCUCGACCACAGUUUUUGUGUUUACUUAAACUGUGCUGCUAAGUAGGCUAGGGCAAAAAACAAAAAUCUUUAUUUCAGAGUAUUGCUUUUCACAUUUAUGGCUCUGUAGCAACCGAAUAGCAGUAGGGGUGAUAUGUAUACUUUUGCUUCACUACUUGUAACUGAGCACACAUAGGAAAGUCUAGACACUGUAAGUGUGAUAUGCAUUCCAAUGUCAUGAAGUUGCCAAUUCCAUUUUUAAAUGCCACAGAUACGUGUUGCUCCCAGUCUGUGGUCAGAGGGUGCCACAGAACUGAUCCUUGACACUUCCCCCCCCAGAAAAAGUAAGCCACCCCAAAAUGUCAAAUACCAGGGUCCACCUUAAGGGAAAUCAGUGUCAAACUGACCAGAAGGGACCCCAGCCCUCUGUGUGUGAAUUGUUUAUGCACCAGUCAUUUCUCACUGUGAGUUUUCGUGACACGAUUUUGCAGGAGCCCGUGGAAAUGUGUCAGAAGGGGUCGUGAUCGAAAUUCUGGGAGUGUUUGUUUUCAGGAUUUUGUUUUUAAGUGUUACAGAUGCUUGUCUGAUUUUUAACCUUCCAUAAUCACAAACAGGAAUAUAGGCCUUUGAUUCUGAAGUGGACGAAAGAAGGAGAUCCCCAGCCUGGCUGGGACACAGCACUAAGGGAUGGAAGAGGGAAAUGUGGACUCUAAAGCUGUCAAUCAAAUAUUUAAGGAAGAUAAUUUCCUCCUUGUGAUACUUACGAUGAUCCUAUCUUACUAUAAUAGAUACGAUAAUUAAUUUGUUUAAAAGCAAAAUGUUCUUUGUGAUACAAAUGAAGAGUAUGGCCUGGGGAUGUUAUUCUUUCUAAUGGAAGGACAUUAAUCUAUUUUAUGUAGUUUUAAAUAGAAUGCCUAAAUUAGGCUAUGGGAGAUCAUUUUUAGUGGUUAUAGGAAAGAGCAAAGUUAGGGAGAGUUGACCUUCAGGCCUUUUAUUCCUGGAAAGAUAUCUAUAGAGAAAAGUUUAAAAUAAUUUUUGAUUAGAAAUAUACAUGUGCCCAUGUAAUUACCAACAGAAUGUGCUCGUUCUGCAAGUAUGGUAUAAUCGGAACUUGUACUCCCCUAAAAUUUAUCAGAGUAACAAAUAUGCAUACAUGAACUAUGCCAGAGUAAUGUUUACAGAUACUUUGUAACCAAUUUCAGGAGGCAUUUUUAGGUGGAUGUAUAGUUACUAGCCCAACUUACUUCAAAAUGGUUUGUUAACAUUUUGCUUUGGUUUACAAUGUCUUAUUGAAUACAAAGAAGACUCCGCAGCAAAGGGAUUAAAUAAUCGAGCUUCAACUUUACAGAAGAGAGACAUUUCAAAGUUCCCCAUUUUAUUCUGUGAGAACAAUGGACUAAAUGUGUAGAUAGUGAAAAAUUAUUUGCAGAAGGGUUACAUAUGACACAAGUAAAUGGUCUGACCAAAAGUUUAGUUUAGUGGCAUGUGAGCCAUAAAACCAUAAAAUAUAUAUCCAAAAAUAAAUCUAAAAUCUUCCCACCUCAGACUUCAGUAAUUGGCAUAAAAUGUGUGAAACAUUUCUGCUUCAGUAUUAGGUUCAAUCACUAGGGAUCUGUUUAAAGAAUGCACUCCUAUACAUAGCUGGACCGAUUCUUGAAACAUAUGGAUACUCUCUCAUGCUUUUCAGAUACUUGGAAGUUGCAUUAGGUCAAACUGGACUCAUCAAGUUUAGUCUAGAUUCCUUUUUGGGUGCUUAUAAUGAAACGUAAGCACAUUUCUUGGUAAACCCCCAUACCACUAAAAUGCUUAAGUUAGUUGGCUUUCAAUCUCAUGCCUUAUUUCCUCCAAGGCAUGCCCUGAUUGCCCAGAAAUGCACUAUUUGUCUCAUUGCUUAAAUAUGUCCAGGAGGAAUGAUAAUCUAUCUAAUAGACUAUACACACAGUCUAUUUCCUUGGGGAGUUAUAUACCAUACGGUUACUAAAUUCUUCUGGCUAAAUUCCUUUUUUUUCCAAAAACCCUGCUCUCGAGUGUUGAAUCAUACCAUCAGUUCAUAAAUAAUGCAACCAUUGAAACAAUACAUCAGCCUCUCGUUCAUCCUCUUGAAAGUAGCCAUUAUAAUAAUCAAACGCUGUGUGGACAGGAAAGGAAAGCAUUACCUUUAAGAGAAGCUUUAAAAUAGGCAUCUAUCAAUAUUUCACACGAUACAGGUUGACAGAAGACAUGAUUCAAAUAAAAUGUGUAUAGUAUUUGCCUGGUGCUAUGGGGUACACUGUUUUAAAAACAACAACAAAAACUCCCUUAGACCUGGAGCCAUUAGCGUAGAGAAGAUGGGCUUUAAAGAUGCUACGAUGUAAGCAGAUGUUCCGUGCGGAAAGGUCCCCGUCUGCGUCUAACAGGAGUCGUGGAUGGGGGAGGCGUGGCAGCAGGAAGCAUUGUUACAGAUGUGACCCGAGAUGGUCCUUGGACAGCGGGCGAGCUUCUCAGUGACCAAACCCUCAGCCCACGCCAAGCUCUGCCAACAUCCUUUUCCUCCCCUGAACUGAUAGCUUUGUGAGACGUGGCUGCUUAUCUAGUCUUCACUUAGAGUUUAUCAGCUGAAAGGUUUACAGAACUGAGUCUGGUUGAAUCUUUGUGUAGCGUUCACCUCUAAAGGGUCAACCCGUCUGUCGGCAUUUUGCACACUUAUGUAUUAUUAUGAUGCAGCGUAUUACUUUAUGGCAAUUUUUAUUUUUACAUAUAACUACCUCCAUAAAUUUGAUGAAGUGGCAGCAGUGUGUUUAAAGUGUAUUGUUCGGAAAAGCAAAGUGGAAAACCUCCGUCAACAUGAGGCCAUGGCGUUCUGUGUGUGUGUCCGUCAUUGACCGCCCCUGUGGACUCGUGACUUCUUCUUGGCCGUGGUUUUGUUUUACGGCACUAUUGAGCUUUCAGAUGUAAACCUGUCUCUCCUCUCUUUCCCACAAAAGCACACUUGACUUUGUUACCAACGAAAGGAAGUUGAAAUCUCUUGUCUUUCCCUGCCCCCUCUCCCCCACCCCACUCCUGCUAAGAGUUCUCCCCGGUGAAGAGCCGAUCGGUAAACAUAAUUUAGCAAGCUCUUUGCUCCUGUAAGAAUCUGAUUUGGAAAUUCUAGGCAUUCAGUAACUGAAGACACACAACAAAUUUGGACUGUGCCGGCUUUGAAGUACUUUGGGCCUCUCUGCCUUCACUCACAUGCUCCCAUCCCGAGCCCAAACUUUGGUUUAAUUAAAAGAGCUGUGUUCUGUUAAAUAGUUUGUAUUCCAUUUUAUAUAUUUUGCACAUCUCAGGGGACCUUAAUGAGCAUAUGAAAAGGGGGGUGCCAUCAAAUAGAGAAGACAAAUGGAGGAGCUGAAUGGGGACCGACCAGGAUAAAAAUACCAAAUUAGUGCUUCUCUGAUGUUGUGGAGUGCAAGUUCAGGAGGCAUAAAUUGAAAGUUAAUCUGGACUAACAGUGAUCUGAACACCAGCUGUUCCCAAGUCUCCCUUUCUCAGAGCCCAACCAGCGGUUCGAAGAUGUAAAUUUAAAUUCUAUCGCAAUCGCCCUGGGGGGAAAAAUCUGUUGGACGGAAAGGAAAGCAUUGUGCGUUUUGUUUGUUUGUUUGUUUUUUUAGGUUGGCACAGCUUUGUAAAAUCCUACCCAGGAUAAAAACCACUUACCGCCACCAAGUGUACUUGAAAAUAAAGUUUUUAACUUAAAUUAUAGGCAUAUAGCUCACAAUACAAGAGUGAACCUAUUUUGAAGUCUCGCCAUUUAUAACACGGGCACUAUUUGGAGCUUGAUUAAAAGCCAACAACAAGCUAUCAUGACUUUGCCAGUUCAUUUUGGGAUCUCAAAGUGCUUCCAAAGCAUUCAGAUUGACAAACAAUUAACAAAGCAGAUCCUACUCGUAAUACCCAUACUUGAAAUGGACAGACAGAAGGGGGGAACCUCAGAUUACCCAGAAAUUCCGUGGCAGCUACCAGUGAUCUGUUUUCUAUCUGUUUGAUAGACCAUCAUGAGAAAUCACUAAAUACAAUGCUAUUUUUCUGAUGUGUGCUAAUAAAGUCGAAGAAAACAAAUACAACUGUACACUUUUGUCCAUCUUCAUUCAAAAAGUUCAGGGUGUUUGGAAUUUUACAAAACCCACCCAAAUGCCGUUGCGGUCAGAGGUAGAUCCUAGACAUACACCCGUGUUUACAGUUUCCUAUUGGGCUUCUGUAAUUCCUGUGCUAAAAUUCCAUCCUUCAGGAGCAUGGCUCUUCCCAAGAGUGGAAGGUGCUGGAACAGAAAUUGUAAUUAAAAACUUUCUCAAGUACUCUUCACUGUGCUGCGUUAGCACACUAGAAAUUCAAUACAAUAUAUUGAGUCCCACCUGGAAGAAUCCGGAUUUCCGAGGGAGCCGACCUAGUUCUCAGUGUGUUCUCAAACUAGGAGAUACCAGAUCCUUGCCGAGGACCUUCUCCAUUGCCACAGGCCAGCCGCAGAACCAGCCGGCGCAGGCUGUCAGGCGCCAGCAGACCCCCAAGCAGAAGUGAUCCCAUCCUCUCCUUUCCCCCAGCCCCCCCCUCCCCCCACCAUCCUGCCCGUUCUCUUCUGUGAGCAGCCAGGCUUCUGCAAAUGUCCAGGGCUUGAGGACGCCAGAACACAGGAAGAACGAAUGCGAAAGCGUGGAAAGCAUUGUUUUGCUUGGGGUUAGUAAAAUACAGGCAGGAAGCCGAUUACUAUCGGUCUGAUCUUUGCCAAGUUAGAUAAAAGAAUCAGCUGUCAUUCCGUCAUUCUCCCCGAAGGUUUUACAGUGUUAAGGAUACAUCCAAUAUUUUCCCAUAGAUUUUUAUUUAGGAGACAUUUCAUAAAUUAUAUAUACCAAAAAAAUUCAUGAUGAAAUUUCCUGGCGCGUUUGAAAUAGGCGUUGGCAUCUCCCUGAUUGAGUUAAUCUCUGCGUCUUUUGCAGCAACAUCCCAGAGAGAGAUUCCUCCAGUGACUGCUCCCCUAACACAUAAUCCUGUGUUUUUACAGUUGUUCUAUGACUUACGGUUGCUGAUUGGCAAGGUUGAGGAUUCUACAAGGCUCAAGGGGGACUAAACCUUCUUAUGAUUAUAUAUUAUCAGUUAUAGGGCUUUAAUUGCUCGUUGUUGGCCUCAAAUGCGAACACACACACACACACUGCCAACAAGGGAAGGGGAGUUUCACAAAUGAGGCAGCAAAUGUAAGGCUAGAGGCUUGGCUGGUCCACGUACAGCUGCCUACCUCCCUGUCCAAAGGCUGACCUUGGCACCCCCGUUCCCUUGCUCCCAACCAAAAGAGGUACCAAAUCUGAGAUCUGAGAACUCCUCCAGUAUCAGUCCUCUGCAGUUAUGGGAAAUUCAUGAAGUACACACUCAGCAGCUCCUUGCCUGCCUUUCCUCCCAGGUCCUUCCUCCCUGCCUCCUUCCCACUCCCCCACCUAGAUACCGAUCCACUGGCACGGUUUCCACACCGGAAGGGCAAAACAGUGUGUGGUAUUGUGCACACGUGAUGGGUUAGGACUAGGGCUGCCCUCGGGUCACCUUCAUGUAAGUAUUGACAGCUACAAAUUAAGGUCCUUAGAGUAGUUGACAUAGAUACUACUUUCUAGAAGAGAAAUUUCAACGUUAAGCUUAAAGGGAUCAUAAUUCUGCAGGUAUCUUUCUCUGAGUGACUGAAUGUGACUAUUGCAUUGGGGUAAAUGAAUUAAGAAGUGCAAGUGGGAUUUACUGUAUGUUAGAAAGGAGUUUUGCAGCCAAGACUGCCUUGAAUAAAAUGUGUUUGCACUGAAAAAAAAAAACAAAACUUUAAAUUACUUGGUCUCUGGUUGCUGUAAAGGUCAUCCAAGAUGGAUGUUCUGUUUAUAUUGUAUAGUAUUUCAUAUGAAAUAAUUACAGUUCAUGAAAUGUCUUCCCUAAUGUUACUGAUUUAUGACAGCACAUUUGUAACAUGGUUUUUAUCGUGUCGGUGUGCCAUUUUGUAAAUGAUGAUGGCUUGUCAUGCUUAGUAUAAUAACUUAAAAGGAAAAAAAGCACAGGGAUUUUUGUAAGUCUAUAUUUGAAAGUCCCUCCAUAAGGUAAUAUUGUGUUCAUGUUGUUUAUGUAGUGUUGUGUGAAAUAUCCAUUUUGGAUCGUGUUACUUUUUAAGAUAUUAAAUAACAUUUGGUUAUAUGUCUAAGUGGAUUUUUUUUGGUACUUGAGCAAAAAUACUUUAGGUGAGACCAAUUCAUUUCUUUCCUCAAUUAAUAGGCGUUUGUAACAAAUUUUUUAUUGCACAAUCUUUGUUAUUAGAGCUUUUGAAUUAAAAUAACUGAAAAGGGAAAUAUCUGAUCAGAAUCUUUUUCCGGGAAUAUUGAAAAAACCACAGUUUUUUGGUUAGCU